GGUGCCGCGUGCCCGCCCCCUCCUGUGCCCGCCCGCCCGCUCGGCGCAGCCGGGGCCGCUGCGGAGCCUCCGCCGAGGGUGCUGGGGAAUCGCCGCGGCCGCCGCCUGGGUGAGCUCGGGGUGUCCCGGGCGUUCGGCGGGAAGCCGACGCCAGGCAUGGGCCUAAUCUUCGCCAAACUGUGGAGCCUCUUCGGUAGCCAAGAGCACAAAGUAAUCAUAGUGGGACUUGAUAAUGCUGGAAAGACUACUAUUCUUUACCAGUUCUUAAUGAAUGAAGUGGUUCAUACUUCUCCAACCAUAGGAAGCAAUGUAGAAGAAAUAGUGGUGAAGAACACUCAUUUCUUAAUGUGGGAUAUAGGAGGACAGGAAUCAUUACGGUCAUCAUGGAAUACCUAUUAUUCAAAUACAGAGUUCAUCAUUCUGGUUGUUGACAGCAUUGAUAGAGAGCGACUGUCUAUUACAAAAGAAGAACUUUAUAGAAUGCUGGCUCAUGAGGAUUUACGGAAGGCUGCGGUUCUCAUCUUUGCGAACAAGCAGGACAUGAAAGGCUGCAUGACGGCCGCCGAGAUAUCUGCAUACCUCACCCUCAGCUCCAUAAAGGAUCACCCAUGGCACAUUCAGUCCUGCUGUGCUUUGACAGGAGAGGGAUUAUGCCAAGGCUUGGAGUGGAUGACCUCCCGUAUUGGAGUGGCAAAGAAGUUCAGUAUCCCCAAAGCAGGGAUUCUUUCCAGCUCUUUAAACACACUGCACUCAGUAAAGUGAAGAGGACUUGGGCACAGCUGCUCAAAAUAUUUGUCAUCAAAAUAAAAUUGAGUUGUUCUUUGAA